UCUCUUCUUCCCAGAAUCAUAUGAUCGAUCAAGCAUGUAUCCUUCAAUCCCCCCUCUCCUCCUCCUCCUCCUUUCAACCUUCAUAAUUUUCAUUCUCUCCAUCAUCUUCCUGCGUCGAAAUCAGAGCAAAGAUGGCCCGCCAGGUCCACCGGCCUUGCCGGUGAUCGGUAACCUGCACAUGCUGGGGAAGCUCCCACACCGCACCCUGGAGGCCUUGGCCCAUCGAUACGGACCCAUCAUGUCCCUACGCCUCGGACAGGUCCCACACGUGGUGGUCUCCUCCUCAGAGGCCGCAGAAGACUUUCUCAAAGCACACGACGCCGUUUUCGCGAGCCGUCCAAGGCUCGAAGCCUCCAAGUACUUCGGCUACGGCUCCAAGGGCUUGGCGUUCUCGGAGUAUGGUCCCUACUGGCGAUACAUGAGGAAAGUGUGCACGCUCCGGCUUCUGACCGCCUCAAAGGUGGACUCCUUCGCGCCCUUGAGGAAGAGGGAGCUGGAGCUGGCCGUGAAGUCGCUCCAAGAAUCCGCCGCAGCGAAAGAAGGCGAGGUCGUUGUGGAUCUUAGCGAGGUGGUGCACAACGUUGUGGAGGAAAUUGUGUACAAGAUGGUGUUGGGGAGUAGCAAGCAUGACGAGUUUGAUUUGAAGGGGUUGAUUCAGAAUGCAAUGAAUCUUACUGGCGCGUUUAAUCUAUCAGAUUAUGUGCCUUGGCUUCGAGCUUUCGAUCUUCAGGGAUUAAAUCGAAGUUACAAGAGAAUUAGUAAAGCACUUGACGAAGUUAUGGAAAAGAUAAUCAAGGAGCACGAACACGGUUCAGAUGUACAAAAUGAACAGCACCAUAGACAUAGGGACUUCAUAGACAUAUUACUCUCGCUGAUGCACCAGCCUAUCGAUCCCUAUGAUGAACAAAAUCACAUCAUUGAUAAAACUAACAUUAAAGCUAUACUCUUGGAUAUGAUUGCUGGGGCAUUUGAAACUUCUGCAACUGUUGUAGAGUGGACAUUUUCCGAGCUCCUAAGGCAUCCAAGAGUGAUGAAAAACCUUCAAGAUGAGCUGGAUAAUGUGGUUGGGAGGGACAAAAUGGUGGAGGAAAAUGAUUUGGCAAAGUUAAGUUACUUGGAUAUUGUGAUCAAGGAGACCUUGAGAUUAUACCCUCCUGGACCAUUAGUCCCCCGAGAGUCAACAGAGGAUGCUAUGGUUCAGGGUUAUUUCUUAAAGAAAAAAUCAAGAAUCAUCAUAAACAUAUGGGCAAUGGGAAGAGAUUCCAAGAUAUGGUCUGAUAAUGCUGAAGUAUUUUAUCCAGAGAGAUUCAUCAAUAAAAAUUUAGACUUUCGAGGACUUGACCUCCAAUAUAUACCAUUUGGUUUUGGUCGAAGGGGAUGCCCUGGAAUACACUUAGGCUUAGCAACAGUUAAAAUUGUUGUCGCUCAAUUAGUACAUUGCUUUAGUUGGGAACUUCCAGGAGGUAUGACCCCAGGUGAGUUGGACAUGAGUGAGAAGUUUGGCCUCUCAAUACCGAGAGUCAAGCACUUGAUUGCUGUGCCCAAGUAUCGUCUUUUCAGGGAAGCUUGUAAUGAAUCAAAAUGAUUUUAGUUUGAGGUAAAACAUGAUAUGGUUCCAAACUAUAAUUUAGUUGUCCUACUUUUCUCUUUCAUAACUUUUUCGACAACUCUAUAUAAUCUACUUGUAAAAUAUAUUAUUGUCGCACAAAAUAUAUAUGGGUGAAAUAUACUGCUUCUUGAGGCUUCUGCCACCGUGAAAA